AUGAAGUUUGGUAAUUGGAAAAGAUUCAAAGAAGGAUUAAAGAAAUUAGCAGCUGCAUUAGCAGUUGGUGCCAAAUUAGGUGGAAAUAUGAUAGAAAAAGCAAAACCACUUAUUUCUAUAGCAUCAGAUUUUAUUCCAGGUGGUGAAAUAAUUAAAAAAGGUACAGAAGUAAUUAGUAAAAUAGCAGAACCAACAAGUGAAGCAUUAAAUAGAAUAGCAUCAGGUGAAAAUGUUAUUGGUACAACUAAAAGAUAUUUAAAUGAAAUUAAAAAUGAAAUACCAAAUGAUAUUACUAAAACAGCAAGUAAAAUAAUAAAUCAAGUACCAGAACAUAUUAGAAAAACAAAUAAUGGAAUACAACAAUCUAAUAAAUCUAUACCUGCACUUUUUGCUAAUCCACUUAAUGGUAAUAAUACAAAUAUAGAUGAAUAUUCUGAUAAUGAUAGUAUUGAUGAUUAUCUAUAA